CCCUGACAAUCGGAUACGUGGUGCCUGCAGCCCCGCAGCUCCCUGUGGAAGCUUCUCACAAUGCUGCCUGCAAUGCUGAUCCCCAAGGGGUGAGCCCCUCUAAGUAUGAUCUGCAAGGAAGACCCCGAGUGACUGCCACCCCCCCCCCCCCCCCCCCUUCACCAUGAGGACCCAUUGCAAGCUCCUGGCCAGCUUGCUUUGCCUCGGGGGGCUUCUGAUCUUGUAUCUCUUGCUGGGGAAUGCAGAUGAGCCCCCUGUUAUAGGAACCAGGAGAACCAAACUUCCAGCCCCUUCUGGACAGGACAAGGUGCAGCCCACCCCAACUCCUGGACACUUCAGAGCCAUAGAGGAGCACAACAAGCCAAAGAGAGAGUCCAGGGUGAAGAAGAAGAAGAAAAGCAACGUGAAGGCGAAACCUGCUAAAAUUAGAGCCCCCGAAGAAAAGCAAAAAUCCGUGGUUCCCGAGGAAUGGAUGCAACUGGCAGUGGUGGCGUGCGGAGAUCGCGUCGAGGAGACCGUCACCAUGGUGAAAUCCGCCGUGCUCUUCAGCGUCAAAAAAAUCAGAUUCCACAUAUUCGCCGAGGACGCAUUAAAACCCGAAUUUGACCAGAAGCUCGGAGAAUGGCCGCGUCAGCUCUCCAGAAAGUUCGAGUACAAGAUCUACCCCAUUACAUUUUCGGUUGGAAACGCUCAGGAAUGGAAGAAAUUAUUCAAACCCUGCGCGGCUCAGCGGCUCUUUCUUCCGAUGAUCCUGCAGGACGUGGACUCCUUGCUGUACGUGGACACGGACGUCCUGUUCUUGAGGCCUCUGGACGACAUCUGGGACUUUCUCAAGCACUUCAAUGACACCCAGCUGGCGGCAAUGGCUCCCGAGCACGAGGUCCCCAAGAUUGGCUGGUACAGUCGCUUCGCCCGGCACCCAUUCUACGGCGCGACCGGCGUCAACUCUGGGGUGAUGCUGAUGAAUCUGACGCGGAUUAGGAAGCAGCAGUUCAAGAAUAACAUGAUUCCCGCCGGGCUGACGUGGGAGGAGAUGCUUCAUCCAUUGUACCAGAAAUACAAAAACUACAUCACGUGGGGCGACCAGGACUUGUUAAAUAUCAUCUUCUAUUUCAACCCAGAGAAUCUGUUUGUAUUUCCGUGUCAGUGGAAUUAUCGUCCUGAUCACUGCAUGUACGGGAGUAACUGCAAAUCUGCAGAGGAAGAUGGCGUCUCUAUUCUCCAUGGCAACAGGGGCGUCUACCAUGAUGACAAGCAGCCGGCGUUCAAAGCUUUCUAUGAAGUGAUACGUGAUUAUCCCUUUGAUGGAAAUCUUUUCCAGUCGAUGUAUUACCCCCUUCAGACAAAGUUCCUGGAGAGUGUCCAUACGUUAUGCGGUCGCAUCCCCCAGGUGUUCCUCAAGCAGGUGGAGAAUACUAUGAAGAAGGUGUACGAGAGGCGGGUGAUCUUCUACGCCGGAUCGCGAGUACGAGGCUGAGGCAACGGCGUUCAUUGCUUUAAGGAAAUUAUUUAAAAUCCAUUUUAAAAAAAAUAUAUGGAUAAAGUUUUUAUUGGAGAAGUGUAAAGCUAUGCAAAGAUAAAAUGGCCCCGGAUUGGACCAGAGACUCUUCAAGGAGACACCUCGAGGUAUUCAGUGCAUCCUCCCUCCGAGGGGAACGACUAUCAUAGGCCCAAAUUGGGUAAAUUUGUCUCGUCCUGGCCCCAAAUGGGUGGGGGUUAUAUAAACCCCGCCCAGAAGUGGACAUCUUGGGUCGGGCUUAGAUGCCCCAAAUUCACCAUCACAAAUGUAUGGACUAUAAAAGAACUUGGAUCACAAAAAGUUCUGUCAGUAAGAAGUAUAAAUUAUGCAAAAAAUAUCCUGGGCUUAAUGUACAAAAACUGCCACAGGCAAAAAUUGGGAGUGUUGUCCAUAGCAACCAAUCAGAAAUCAACUUGUGUGUGGGCGUUGUCAUUAGUAGCCAAUCAGUGGUCAGCUUAUAUUUUUCAAAAGUGAAAGAAAUGGCUUGAUUGGUUGCUAUGAGCAACAAGUCCAGUUUUGCCUGCAGUAGUUUUUAUCCACGGGGCCUUUUUUUUAUAUACUUUUUUUAUACUCGUUUUUUACUUCUUCUCCUGUGUGAAGAAUGAUUGUGGUAUUCCCAAGAAGGGAAGUGUUUGUGCCAGACCCAAAGGUCAUCCUAGAGACGAGCCAAAUAAAGGUUUGUUGCCCCUAGCAACAAAUCAAGAUGGCCACCGGAUACCAUCUGACAUUAUUUCCACUGUGUUUGUUUUUGUACAUGACCACUAUAGGAAUCUCAGAUACAUGUCAAUAAUUGUGGUGAUGACUGGAAAUACAUAAAAAAAAACUGGAAUAUAAUGGGAUUUUAGAUUAGAGUUCCUAUAUUCUG